AUGGAAGACGACCAGAAGGCCCAGAUCAAACCCCAAUCCGAGGCCAAUGUUGCGACCGGAGGGCUGGACGAAGAGUCUGGGAUCGCGUCCAACGGCUGCGAAACAAGCAAUGUGUCUCUCGCAAAGACAGGUCAGGUGGACAGACGGAGCAGACGCAUCCUGCGCGUUAUAUGGGACUCACUCGACAAGGAGCCCAAGGAACGGGCAUUUGUCAACAAGGCAGACUGGUUCAUCAUGACCUAUGUCUGCAUAUCGUACUUUGUCAAGUAUCUCGACCAGACCAAUGUCGUCAACGCCUACGUGUCCGGCAUGAAGGAGGACCUCGAUAUGGCGGGCAACGACUACAACCUUCUCCAGACAAUGUUCACGGUGGGCUACUGCAUCGGAAACAUUCCUUCGCAGCUCAUAAUGACGUGGGUCCGUCCAUCGAUCUGGCUUCCGGCUCUCGAGCUCAUAUGGGGGUUCAUGGUGAUGGGGAUGGCUGGGGCGAAGAGUGUCGAGACGCUAUACAUCCUGCGCUUCUUCAUCGGCCUGCUCGAGGCCUCAGCCUACCCGGGGAUCCUGACUCUCCUGGGCAACUGGUACACGCCGCAGGAGCUGGGAAAGCGGUCGUGCAUCUUUGCCAGCAGCGCCUUCAUCUCCCAGAUGAUCUCCGGAUACAUCCAGGCCGGGCUGUACACGGGCAUGGACGGCAAGUACGGCAUCAGCGCCUGGCGCUGGCUCUUCAUCUUUGACGGCAUCAUCGGCGUCCCCAUCUGCCUCUACGGCUUCUUCGCCGUGCCCGACAGCCCUGCCAACUCGAGGGCGCGCUGGCUCAAGGAGAGCGACAGGGCCAUGGCCAUCCGGCGCAUGGAAGCGGUCGGGCGCACGCCGUCCAAGAAGCUGACGUGGGGUACCGUGCGCGACGUCUUCGCCAGCUGGCCCGUCUACCUCUUCUCCCUGGCCUUUGGAUCCCAGCUCCUGGGCUCCCGCGUGACGAACUACUUCGCCAUCUACCUCAAGGACACCGGCCGCUACACCGUCCAGCAGGUCAACAUCAUCCCCACGGCGGGUAACGGAUUCCAGGCCGGCUUGGGCCUGGUCUUCGCCUGGGUCAGCGACGGAAUCGGCAUGCGCCACCCAGUCAUACUGUUUGCCGCCGUCAUCUCCCUCGUCGGCUGCAUCAUCCUGUCCGUCUAUCCGGAGCGCAACACUACGGCCAUGAUGGCUGGCUGGAUCCUAGCAUACGGCGAGCUGAGCGCGUCCGCCCUCAUCUUCUCUUGGGUCAACGAAGCCCUAUCCUUCUCCGCCGAGCAACGUCUCAUCACCAUCGGCAUCGUCGAGUCCUUUGGUUUCGUCAUGAAUGCCUGGGUGAUCCUGUUUACCUACGACAGCGGUGAGGCCCCGAGAUUCAGCAUCGGCUACCAGAUGGCUGCCAUGUUCUUUGCCAUCGAGAUGCUGUCCGUUAUCGCCAUAUGGUAUUGCUACAAGAAAUGGAAGCCAGCACCCAGAGCAAUGGCGGAGUAG